AUGUCUUUGGCAGCCCACUUUCUCCUUAUCAUCCUCUGCAAUGUCUGGUGCUUGAUCCGUGGAGCGUCUAUGGUUGUCCCAGACGUGGCUGUCAGAUGUGCUGAAGAAGUGAUGCUGCCCUGUAAAGUUCUUCAUGACUCCUCAACUGCCUACCAGACAGCGUCCUGGUAUAAAAUGGAUGGAAAUGGCAAAGGAAUAACAUGGAAAGUCAUUGAGGAGGAAUCUCAUUAUCCAAGAGAACUUGGGGGGUCUCUGGAGCUCUCCAACGAUACUUUCUUUUCACUGAGAAUCAAAAAUGCAACCAGCCUAAACAGUGGAACAUAUAAGUGCACUUUGGAGGAACAGAGUGGGCAACACAAUCUGAGCAGCACUGUCACAUUAAAAGUAACAGGUUGCCCUGGAACAGAAGUUGAAAAAUUAAAAAGAUACAAAGCUGAGCUUCUCAUGCUGACUUGCCUUGGGAUUUUUUACUUGCUGCUCAUCUUUUUUACCUGUACUUGUCUAAGAAAAGAGAACACGUCUCCCAGUUAUCAAAAAACCAGAUCAAAUACGAAACACAUGCUCACUCUCAUCAAUGUACGUGAAAUGACAACUUUCCAGGAUUUUAACAGUGACAACACUUGCAAAAAUGGCCUUACUUCAAGUCCUGUCUAA